UAGGGCAUUCCUCCUUCAAGAUUGCUAUGGCUUCCUGUAAAGUCAGAAGAUAUGAGGACUCGGACUAUGAAACUGUGAGGAAUAUUUUUACUGCUGGAAUGACAGAGCUGCAGCCUUCAGUAUUUGUAAAUUUCCUCAAACAACCCACCUGUUUGUUAGGACUCAUGUCUGCAUUUUGUAUCCUGCUACUUAGUUCUAAAUCAUUCCUCCUCCCUGUACUGGGAGUCACCCUUCUAGUGGCAUUGCUUCGGUACUGGACAGUUGGUGCAAGUAAUCGGUAUAUUACAGACAGCCUUAAUUCUGACCUCAUGGACAUUCAGCGGUCCUACAUGAAGAGUGAGAAUUCUUGUUUCUGGGUAGCAGAGCUGGAUGGAUGCUGUGUUGGUAUGGUUGCUUGUCAUCCAGACAGAGAAACAGUGGAGUAUUUGGAGCUGGGCCGUAUGUCGGUACUUGCAGCCUACAGACGCAAGGGAAUUGCCAAAGUUCUAUGCAGGACUGUCAUUGACUUUGCACGACAGAGUGGAUAUAAUACUGUUGUUCUAAAAACUAGUGAGGUGCAGGUAGCGGCGCAUAGGUUGUACGAGAGCGUGGGAUUUAAGAAGGUCAAGGAGACAAGUUUUCCGUUGCCUUCUUCAUUUGUAGAUUCUUUGUUGAAGUUUAAAAUCUACCGCUACAGAUACGACAUUCCAACAGUUGUUGAUGAUAGAUACAAGUGAAUCAAGGCUCCCAUUUUUCCAUGCCUAUUAACAAACGCUUGGAAUAACCCUUACCUUAAUUUUUUUUUCUUUUAUAGUAGAGAAUAUGUAAUUAAAAAAAAUAAUAAAAGGUGCUUUAGCCAUGUCUGUUUCUAAGCUGAAUUAAUAAAUAAAUCACACUA